CUACGACAUUACUGGAGGAUACCCCCAAAUCAAAGUGGGAAAGGAAGGCUUAAGCGGUUUCCCAACACUCCACUGACCACUCUACUGUGUGCAACUCUGCUCCAAUCAAAACCCGAACCAGCUCAGAAAAGAAAACGAGGAAGAAAAAGGAAUGGGAAAGAUCGAAGCUUUAGCCAAAGUUUGCGUCUUUGUGUCACUCUUCUUCCCCUGAAUCUGAUCAGUUGGUGGGUUAAGCUCGGAGAAGAGAAGUGGGGUUCAGAAGAAGAAGGAAGUAUGAGUGUUUCUGUUACUGUAAUGACCUUCAAUCUGGAUGAAGAUCAGGCGGCAGAGGAUAGUAGCAGUAGCCCCAAUUCAAGGGAGAAGAGGAGGGAUUUGUGUUUGAGUGUCAUUACCAGUUACUCCCCUAUCAUCCUUUGUACUCAACAAGGAGUGAAGUCACAGUUGGAAUAUCUGCAGCAAGGUUUGCCAGGUUAUGAUCAGUUUGGCGUGUCAAGGAAAGGGUUCGAGGAUAGUACUGACGAAUACUGCAACAUCUUCUACAACAAGGAAAAUGUAUAACUAUUAGAAGGAGUCUCCAUCUGUCCCAGGCAGUAUAUCAUGGGGUGCUUCCGUUCUAUGCAUUGCAACUUGGGCGAUAUCCUUCCAAACUCAUGUAGUUUUUCCUUAUAUGGCUUUGUCUAGUUUACCUGUGUGCUUCUUUUCCUUGACAUGGUGUCCACACAUUCCAACUCCAAGGAGUUGAGCCCCCAGGCUUCUCAUUCCAGAUAGUGAACACAAACAUGGACGAGUCGAGCCCUCGUGCCAGAAGACGAAGCGCUUUGCUCACACGGCAGCACAUCGCGUCUUUACCUCCUAGCCUCCCUGUUCUUUACUGCGUGGAUUCAAUACCACCAAGAAGGAAUCAACCACAGGGCGUUUCCUUCUCGAUCGAUCAAGGUAUGUGUUCGUUCGUCUUUUGCAUUGGCCUGAGUUCCUCGUCACGUUGCUUCUAAGCACGACCCCUUUAAAUAAUCCAGAGAGCAUGGAUCCAUGGGAGAUAUGAAAGACGCGUGGCUCAAUGCUCGAGUGAGGAAGAAUGUCUCCUUGAUACACACUUACCAUGGAUUUAAAGGUUCUGCUCAAUUAGUAAAACUGUUGCUGCUCUUUGCUUAAGGUCUCCAUAACCUUAUAUGCAACAUUCAUUUCGCAUUAUACUUUUCUCGGCUAUCAGGUAACAAGCAAGGAGCCCUUGAGUUUGUGAAGCUGAUCUUCCGAGCACUGUGCCUUUGCUGGGACAGGCAGACACAGGACCUCCACAUAGAUUGGAUCCUCUACAGAGGGAGGUCCUUUGAUCCCAUCUUUAUGUGAAGUGGUGAGCGACAAUAUCGAUGGCUUCUACCCUUCCUCUCAUUACCCUCUUUUCGUGGAGUUCAUGCUUCCUCGUUCUGUGAGACUCGUCGAACAACCACCAGUACCAGCACCAGCAGGUGCUGGGCAGAAAAACCAAGCUGCAUAAUGAAUCCAGGGUCUUUGCUGGUUCCUGAGUUUCUUUAUUUAUUUUUUUUUUGUCGAUUUCAUACCUCGAUUCAUUGAUUGUUGCAGGAAUGUCUAGCUAAUUAGGUUGUUUUCUGGCCAUAUAGAAGGACUGUUUGUUGUUGUAGGACCAAAUUUGAAACUUCCCAACUUGUUAUAUGUUGCUUGUUGGAUUUUGAUUGUCUUUGAAUAUAUGUUGGAAAGAGACUUUUGGGUAGUUUUCUUCAUAAUCAAGAUUGUGAAGUGGGAGAUGUUUUCCUGUUCAACAAGUCUGGUUCUGAAUUGGUGUUGGAAAAUUGACUGCUGGUUUGUCUUGAAAGAGACUUUGGGUUCCUCAGUGAUGUAUGUAUAAAAGACAUAUUUAUAA